AUGAGUGCCGACCUGAAGGCCUUGUUAGAAGCUCAAACCGACAUCCACGGACGAAUGUCUCGCUCCGUGGACAACCUCCGCAAGAUGGGAGUCACCAACAUCACCGCCGGUGCCAUCCAAGCUCGCCUCACCAUCCUCGAAAACCUCUGGGCGAAAUUCGAGGCUCAACACGAACUGAUACGAACGGCUCUUAAAGACAGAUACUUGGAGAGUGAGUACGCCAAAAAUGAUUUCAUCGAUACUGCGGAAUGUACUUACGUAUCUCAGCGGAGCACGUUGAGCAACUACGCUGACAAGUUAAGGGCCGAGUCAGUUGUCGCACACAGAAUCGAACCGAAGUCGGAGUCUUCUCCCAAAACCGCGUUGCCGCGUAUAAAAUUGCCGCCGUUUUCGGGUGCCUACGAAAACUGGCCUUCGUUUCGGGAGCUCUUUUUAUCCCUCGUCGGAGAGAAUCCGUCGGUCUCGAACAUUGAGCGGUUCCAUUACCUUCGCUUCUGCAUGAAGGGAUCUGCGGAAAAAUUAAUCCGAUCAUUAACGGUUACAAGCGAGAAUUACGACCGCGCGUGGGCGAUCUUGGCAAAACACUUUGAAAAUAAGAAAGAGCUCAUGCGAUCAAAUUUUUCUACUUUCACUGCCGUCGGAAAAAUAAAGUCCGAGUCCGAGGAGCUAGCCGAAGAGCUAAGUCGUAUCCAUCACGCCGUCACGGCCACCGUCAACGCGCAAGAAAGCAUCGGAAGACCCAUCAAUUCCCAUGGGAUGGAUCUCCUCAAUCACCUGGUGAUCGAAUUGUUCGACUCGCGAACACGUCUCGAGUGGGAAUCUUCCACCAGCGAUUCUCCCGAUCCGCCGACUCACGAAGCACUCACUGACUUUAUUAGUAAAAGGAUUCUUACCUUGAACGCCGCGAAACCCAAGAUCGCCACGAAGAGUGCUGGGGAAACCUCCCGGACCGCGAAGUCUCACUUCGUGAAGAACGGGCCCGACGCGUCCAAAUGCGCCGCUUGCAAGGGCAAACACACACUAAUGCAGUGCCCCGAGUUCAAGUCCAAGUCCGCGAGCGAAAGAAAGUCAUUCGUCGAGGUUAGCGGACUUUGUUUUAACUGUCUCGGGAACCACAUGAUGGCAAAAUGUCAAUCCAUCAAAACGUGUUUCAUGUGCAAGUCGCGGCACCACACACUGUUGCACGACGCGUACACGACACCAACAUCACACGAAGCGAGCACUUUCUCCACGACACGCACUUCACACGACAAAAGGGCGACUCUUCUCGCCACCGCGCGCGUCACACUCACCGACCGUCUGGGACGACCUCAGGAUGUGCGAGCCCUGCUCGACCAGGGAUCCGAGGUGUCUCUCGUCUCGGAAGACUUAGCGCAGCGCCUCCGUCUGGCGCGCACCCGCUCCUCGAUGUCCAUAAUUGGAAUCGGAGGAGCACACUCAGGAUCCACACGCGGAAGGGUAACGCUCGCUCUGAAGUCAAGGGUGACUGGAGCCCCCCUCACCGUAGCUGCUUACGUCCUUCCACGGCUGUCUUCCUACCAGGGGCCAGCAAUUCAGGGCUCCACCACGUGGCCGCACAUUCACGGCCUCACUUUGGCGGAUCCGUAG